AUGGAGCAGCCGCCGCCGCAGGCUGCAACAGCUGAAACAGAGGCUGAGUCUGUUACAGCGGAAGCCGCGGAGGCAGAGGGUUUACAAGCGUCGGUAGCGAAUGAUCCAUUUUAUAAGCUGACAUCUGUUUUCGAGACUGCCCAUAUACGAAAGGUUAUGGACACGCUUGCUAAUGAUACUAUGGAGCAGGUCACCGAUAAGUCAGUAGAUAUGGUUAUUAUGCUAUAUAAGGCUUUUAAAGAUGUGGAUGGAGCAGAUAAGGAGAGUUUCCUCAUGUUGGCGGGUCGCGUGAACGUACCCGCGGUGAUCGAUGACCGACUUCGGGAGUUAGAAGAAAGGCUGGAGGAGAAGUUUCUCCAGGCGUUUCACGAAAAGAAACGGCGAACCGCCCCGGCUCGUCGGUUUUUGCUCCGAUACGAGCGUCGCAGCCAGUCUUUGCCAAGCGCAGAGGCGCCGCCAUCUCGUGCCAAGACGCCGGCCUCCGGACUGCAUGAUUUAGAGACUUUAUUCACGGCGCCGCAGCCGCGGCAGCUCUCGGUACGGCCUGCACCCGUCCCUUUGCCGCCCUCAGCCGCCGCCGCAGCCGGCUUUGCAACCGGCGGCUCCGGCCCCGGCUCCGGCGGUGCUGCCGUCUUCUCAGCCGCAGCCCGUGCCAGCGCCGCUUCAGCCGCAGGUUUUGCCGACGGGGCAGCCGCAAUCAGCUCUGUCUUUUCAGCCGAUUUUGCCUCAGCAGGUUCCAUUGCAGCCCGUUUCGAUCCCGCAGCCGCCCGUGCAGCCGAUCCCGGUGCCCAUCCCGGCUCAGCAGCCCAGCCGGCACCACAGCCGGCAUCUUCUGAGCCAGCGCCAUCUUCUCAGCAGCCACGCCCCAAGCCGCCAUUGCGGAGCAACAGGGACAGCGCGUCUGCGCCGCCACGCCCCAAGUCUCCGCCCAAAGGUCCUGCGUCUGCGCGAUCUCACCGGAAAGAGAAAGGUCCCGCGCCUGCGCAGCACCACCCUAAGUUGUCGCCCGGAAACACGUCGACGAGCAGCGACACGGAAACGGAGGAGAUACACGGAAGUCCGAAGAGAGCCUCCGUAAAUCCUGCUUACAAAAAAGAAACCGUUCUAGGAAAACGGGGAAAGCGCACCACAACUACGAAAACUCGACCAUACUCUGCACAGCGGAAGCCAGGUAGAAGGUGGCAUCUUCCAGAUGGAACAUUAUGGAGCUUUGGUGCUUAUGAGGUGAGGAAUAAGAGGGGAAAAUCAGCAUAUGCUCGUGUUUCUUGGCUACAAACCGCUCCCCCUUUGCCAAAAUCACACAUUACUUGUGUUGCACAGUAUCCAUUGCCAGCAGCAGCUAAGCAAGGUAUCACUGAAGUGAUAGCUGAUCUUGAGAAGAGAAAGAUCGUCACCAGAACUCAUUCUCCUUACAAUUCACCCGUCUGGCCAGUCCGCAAACCAGACGGCAGGUGGAGAUUAACGAUCAAUUUCCGGAAACUUAAUAGUAACACUCUUCCUCUUACUGCAGCAGUUCCAAGUCUCUCAUCCACAGUGACAGCGAUCCAAGCAGCCUCUCACACCUGGAUGGCAACUUUGGACAUGAAGGACAUGUUUUUCAUGGUACCACUAAGAGAAGAGGACAAACCGCAGUUUGCAUUUACUUGGCAAGGUAUUCAAUACACAUUCAACAGUCUCCCACAAGGGUACAAACACAGUGCAACUAUUGCACAUAACACGCUUGCAGCUUUACUUGACACUGUUCAGCUUCCUAAAGAUGUUAAGGUGUAUCAUUACAUUGAUGACAUCUUGGUGGGAGGGAAGGACAAAGAACAAGUUGCUACAGUAGCUGAGAACAUUUGAAAACUGUUAACUGAUAAAGGACUAACCAUUCCAAAGGAAAAGUGCCAAGGUCCAAACCAGGAAGUUAAAUUCCUGGGAUCCUGGUGGGUAGCAGGUGCAGUGUCUGUGCCAGAGGACACCCUUCAAGAAAUUGUAAAGGACCAGAUACCCCAGAACAGAAAGCAGCUGCAACAAUUGUUGGGUACCUUGGGUUACUGGAGGAAACACAUCCCAGGUUUCUCCGUAAUUGCUCAUCCUCUGUAUGAUUUGCUUAAGAAGCACAAGGUUUGGGAUUGGACUCCACGACAUUCUGAGAGCCUGAGAGUUUUCAAAGAUGAACUGAAGGCAUAUCAGAAGUUGGGGCCUUUGCACCCAAAAGAUGCCCUGAGGGCUGAAUGGGGUUUUUCCGAGCAUGCCUCAUACUGUGGAAUUUUUCAGAGAGGACCUAAUGGUCCUAGUAGAGCUCUUUUGUUUUCCUCAACAGCAUUCAAAGAGACCAAGACACGGUACUCGGAAUGGGAAAAGGGACUCCUUUCCCUAACUCGGGCUGUCAAAGAGGCAGAAAAGCUUCGCACUACACAAGACAUUGUAGUGCAAGGCCCGUUUUCACUGCUAAAAUCCUUAAAGGAUCUCCUCCACCAGAAGGAAUUGCCCAAAAGGCCACUGUAAGAAAGUGGUAUACCUACCUAGAGGGAAUCUCACAGCUAAUGCCACUGAGAGAGGGACCUACAGAGGUAUCCAACAGCCCAUCAACCCUGACAAGGCACUACUUGGUCAGCCAUAUAAGCCUUCUCCUAUUCAGGUGGCCCCAGAAAUAACCGCAGACUCAGAUAAGUCGGGAGUGUGGUUCACAGAUGCAUCCUCUCGGAGGGUGGGGUCAAAGUGGCGUUACAAAGCCGCUGCCUUGGAGAUUGCUACAGGCCAAGCCAUCACUGAAGAGGGUGAUGGCAGUGCACAGGUAGGGGAACUGCAUGCUCUCAUGCUAGCAGCAGAGCAUGGAGCAACAACCAUUUACACCGAUUCCUACUCCACGUUCAAAGGCGCCACUGAGUGGAUUUGCCAGUGGGAAGCGAAUCAGUGGAAGGUUUCGAAUGUGGAAGUUUGGAGGGCUGAUGACUGGAAAAGGCUAUUAGAGAUAGGCCGAUCCAGAUCCCUUAAUGUUGGUUGGGUUAAAGGGCAUUCCAAACAGCAAACUCCAGCUGCAACCUGGAAUGAUCAGGCAGAUUACCUGGCAAAAAUAAACAUAGUCGAUGAUGAGAAAGAUGAGUGGUGGAGAUUAGCUGAAUGGCUACACAUUAAAAGAGGCCAUUCAGGAAAGGCAGACCUCUACUACGAAUGUAGAUCCAGAGGAUGGCCAAUUUCUAUGACUACCUGUGAGGAAAUCAUUUCAUCUUGUCCACAGUGUAAAAUUAGGCUCAAAGCCAAUCACCCCAACCUAGCACCAGCACAACACAUCAGAGGAGACAAAAAAUUAUGGAGCACAUGGCAAGUUGACUAUGUGGGACCCUUUAAACCCUCACAUGGGAAGAAAUACAUACUGGUGGGGGUGGAAGUGGUUUCAGGAUUAGUCAUGGCUACAGCAACUAGUGCUGCCACAGGCGCUCAAACUAUUGAGGUUUUGAAACAGUGGUUUAGUUUCUUGCCAAUGCCAGAAUACAUCCAAAGUGAUAAUGGAUCUCACUUUACAGCAUCAUCUGUACAAGACUGGGCUAAGGGUGAGGGAGUUACAUGAGUAUUCCAUACUCCCUACUAUCCUCAAGCUAAUGGUAUUGUAGAGAGAACAAAUGCUCUGAUUAAAAAACAUGCCAUUGUAUCCAAAGGUAACUGGGAUAAAAGUUUGCCAUAUGCAGUCUUCAUCGUGAAUAACUGUGGGAAGCUUUCUCCUGCAACGAGGUAUGGAAUGUAAACAUCAGGCCCUGUGAUGGGAAGUGUCCUUGGGUCUUACAGGCUCCAAGGGGCCUAGGCUGAAAACUAUGAGCACCCCACGCACAGCUGUCAGGGGGUGGAAUCUGCCGGCCCCUGGGGCGGACACAGCCCCAGGGGGCUGACCCUGGCCAGCCCCCCUGGGUGCUACUCACAGGUUGUUUACCACAGGUAACCUAUCUCUCCCUUACACACAACUUGGGGCCAAUCUGUACUGUCCACUUCGGCCAGCCCCAGGCUGGUUGUGCACACCCUCUCUGGGGGCUAUAUAAACCAUUGCAUUGCCUUAAUAAAUCGUGCUGAUGCACAGAUGCCUAGAA